ACACACCAACCCUCACUCUCUCACAUAACCUCAUUAUCAUCUCUCUUACUUACAUUUGAUUUCAAUUCACAAUGGAGCUCCAAUUGGAACUCUCCCUUUCAACCCGACCCGGCCCAAAUGUGAACAGGGUGAAUAACAAGGACGGAUAUGUGGUUGGUUGGCCGCCGGUGAGGAGUUGGAGGAAGCAGGUGUGGCAGCGCAACCGGCGCGGCGGCGGGAGGGCGGCGAAUUCGUUGUACGUCAAAGUGAAAAUGGAAGGAGUUGGGAUUACAAGGAAGAUUGAUUUGAGCCUCUUUUGCUCCCAUCACUCGCUUGCUAACACUCUCAUUGCCUUGUUUCUAAAAGGUGAAGAAAAUGUGGCGUACAAAGUCAUGUAUCAAAACGAGGAAGGUGAAUGGCAACGAGCAAAAGAUGUGACAUGGGAAUGUUUCAUCAAGUCAGUGCGACGCUUGAAGUUGGAGAAGAAUGGCAUUUUAUUGUAGUUGUGAAUUGUGAUAGAUGUUUUAUUUCAGUUAUCAGCUUAUAUAUGUUAAUAAAAGUAACGGUGAAUAUUAAUGAUGAGUUAAUUACCCUA